AUGAAUAAAAAAAUUUUCGCAAUCGCUAUUAUCUUUAUCAGCUUUUCUUUAAUCGUUAACGCGGGUCCCCUAGCAUACGGCGCGUGUCAGACUUUAUGUAAUAUUGGUUGGGUUUCAUGUUACGCUGCCUUUGGCUACGUUGCCGGAACGGUCACCGCGGGUGCAGGUACACCUCUCGUUAUACUCGGAUGUAAUGCUGCGCAAGGUGCUUGUAUGGUACUUUGUGCACCUCUGUUAGUAGCUCCUACUCCCUAG